UGUACCCUGUAACGAGAAUGCUUAUACCUUGUCGCUUCCUGGGACCGCUACUGCUCUGAUACAAAAGUAUCAGAUAUUUGUAUCUAGGUACAUUACUGUAUCAGUAUCAGGUUGGAACAGAUACCGAAAAUUGCUGUAACAACCCACCUCUAGUUGUGGUACGAAAAAAAAAGCGAGCAUGAACUUCGGGGAACUUCGGGUCUGGCUCUCUUGUCUGUGAAAUGAAGGCUUCCCCCGUGCGAGAAGCGUGCAUGUCGCGUCGAGACCCGUCCAGUCUCGUGUUCGCGGGGGCCCCGGAACGAGCAUGAAACACGGCUGAGAUGCAUCGCGACCGGCCACGGGGCGCGGAGCGGACGCCUGUCGCUGGAAGUUUGGCAACAGUGCGGUCUGGCGUCUGGCGGGACACGUGACGCCGGACGAGCGAUCGUGUAUUGAUCGCGGACGGGGCAGCGGGAACGUCGCGCCGUAACGCCUCAAUCGCGCGAAGGUUCCUCGCCAGAAGUGCCGGGUUUACGUGCGUGUGUGUGUGGUUCGUGCGGCGGUGCCUGGUGGCCAGGAUGUGUGCUUCCGUUGAGGUGGCAGCAGUGGCGAUGCGACGACGUGCGCGCACGUGUGGCAGCCCGGGGGAGGUAGAUCGAUUCUCGUCCUGCGCACGUUCACCCGAAUUAUGUCUCACGAGUUGCCCAUUCACGCGUCAGGAUCACGCGAUGACGCGCCCAACUACCUUGGUUUGGUACAUUCCAGACUCGCGUUUUUGGUAAACGUGUGGUUUCAGGAAACUUAAAAUAUAGGAUGUUGUAAGGACAGUGGGUUUGGAAAUUUAUGUUUUUGUUUCUUAGUUGGGUUUCACGUCUCGCCGGCAACGGAGUCAUUGGAGACGCUGAAAAUGGUAGUGUUUUUUUUUUUUUUUUACAGUAAAUAGCACAGACUAUUAUGAGUAGUAAUUUAAAACAGUAUAAUUCUUUGCUAGGCUGGGUUUAUAAACUACACAACAGCGCAAGAAAGCCACGGUCGUUUUUAAAGCACGAAAGCCGCAAGAUGCCACCAACCUUACAACUUGAAAUUGUAAAACAGUAGAAAGCUAAUAUCUUCCCCGGGCUUCUUUUGAUAAAUCAUGUUAAUUAUGAAAACACAUAAAAUUUUCAAAUAUUUGAUUAAACUAGAUAUUUUUUUCUCUAUACGAAAAUCCAACAAGUGUAAAUGCGUUGUACUGAUAUAAUAAAAACCACUUCGUGGUUUUUUAUGGACAUAACGUCUUCGCCUUUAAACCUUUUUCGAACACUUAUCUCAAAUAUGAAAACUGAAACGCAAGCCAAAAAGCAAGAUAUUGUAAGUUGGCCGAAGCUUGAUAGCGUUUUUGCGUCUUGCCUUAGUUUAUAAACGGUUAUUUGAAUACGUCGUUACUGAAGUUUUUGAGUCUUGCAUUUCUUGCGUAAUUUAUAAACCCGGCCUUGUAGUCGUAGUACACGAUGCGAUGCACCUAUUGUUCACAAUCCAACAGACAAUUGUUUUUUUCCAGUACGGAUCUUGGUAUGACCUUGACUCGUGAUUGCUAAAGCGGUGUUACACAAUACUGCGAUGCAUUGAGCUUAAGCCAAUCUGGGAAUUGGCGCAUGCGACGGAUUAGCAGUUCGUUUAUUUAAUUGAAGAAAAAAAACUAAUUGUUGGGUUGGGUUAGUUAUUAAUUUAAAGGUUAUCUUGGGAUCAUGAUAUUAGUAUUACUUUUACGUUGUCAUACAGAACCUACGUUUAUAGUGUCGUGCAGAGUCCUGUUUCUGUUAAUAAUUCUCCACAAGAGAACAGGUGGCUGUAUGGCCGAAAACGAUACUUCAAGACGUUAUUGCAUAACCUCAAAAAAAAAAAAGCGCGUGUAACUCGGUACGUGAUAGAAGUGAAACUUGUUUGGCAAUUCAAACCUCGACCCUGUCAGCAAGUGAUCUCGUGGCUUUAUCAAUAAAAAAAAUAAAGACUGCACGGGUGUGCCUUCGUUGUGAACGUUGGAAUUCUCGCGCGCACGUGGACUCGGUGAGAGUGGGAGACGUUGUCUCGUGGAUCGCAACAAUGAGGGACGGUAGUUUGAGCGCCGGUUCGAGGAAGAUGGCGUGACCUUGAGCGGGGGAAGUUCCCGGGAGAGAAGGGUGAGAAGGGGUGCCGGAUGUGCGGGGCCGCCGGCGGUCCGGACGCUACGCCCCUCGAGGGCGCGCCGCCAUGGAGGACCUGCUGGGGACCACGUGUCCCGGGACCACCGCGGAGCCCAGCCCCGACGCGGCCUUCGACGCCUGCAGCUACUUCGUCAAUGACAUCUACGAGGAAGAUGCCAAGGAGACCUUGCGGCAGAGCGCGCACGCCUCGCUGCGCGACGCCUGCCAGCUGGGGGACGCGGAGCUGGUGCAGGCCCUGGUGGCACGGCUGGGGCCCGAGGCGGAGCUCAUCGUCAACAUGGCGCCCAGCGGCUCCAACACGCUGCUCUUCGUCUCGUGUGAGCUGGGCCGCAAGGACAUUGUGCAAGUCCUGCUGGAACACGGCGCAGACGGCAGGAUCCACACCGUCACCAAGUACUCGCCCCUGUACGUCGCCUGCUACAACGGCAGGAAGGACAUCGCCGAGAUGCUCCUCAAGAGGUUCCCGGAGCUGGUGCAGCAGAGCACGGUGGAGCGCUGGCUGCCGCUGCAUGCCUGCUGCAUCAACGGCCACACGGCCGUGCUGGACCUGCUGCUCAAGCACAAGUACCCCCCGGCCCUCAUGAACAAGUACAGGGACCCCACGGGCGAGUGGGAGUACGAGAUGCCGUUCGACAUCAACACCAAGGACGUGACGGGGCAGAACGUGCUGUACGUGGCGAGCCUGCUGGGGAACUUCAAGAUGGUCGACAUGCUGCUCAAGUUCAGGGUCAAGGCCACCAGGAUAAAGGAGCAGGCGGAGGAAGGGGCGCGCGCCCCGGAGGAGCAGGCCAAGGGCCCCGAGGACCUGCUGAGCCCCACGCGGAGACGCAUCUCCGACGGCAUCCAGUCCAUCAUGGCCCGGCUCAACCUCAGCCGGCUGGGCGACUCGCCAGGCCCGGCCGGCCUGAAGAACGAGUGCCAGCUGAGCCCGCUGCAGCUGAACGCGCUGUGCAACAACGGCAGCGAGACGGCGCUGCACGCCGCGGUGAGGGGCCGCCACACGGACGUGGCCAGCGCGCUGCUCAUGUCCGGGGCCGACCCCAACGUCCCCUGCCGGCCGCCCGACCAGGGCCAGUCAGACCAGGAGGACGCGACACACGCGGCACGGUCGACGGCGCUGGUGGAGGCGUGCCGCAACCGCGACAUCGGGAUGGCGGACCUGCUGCUGCGGCACGGGGCGCGUGAUGACAGCUGCAAGGCCCUGGGCGUCGCCGUCCGCAACAAGGACGACAUCCUCACGGCCAAGCUGCUGUCUGUCAAGGCGUACCCGGACCCGGAGUUCAAGCUGAACAAGGCCGCGAUGACGGAGGACGGAGCGGCCGUGCUGCCCCACCUGGGCGUGGCCGGCCUGACCUACGGCGCGCUCCUCCCCGGCACGGCAGCCAUGAUCAACUGGCACAACCAGCAGUGCGAGCUGUCGCACAUCCGCAAGCAGUGGCUGAUCGACGCAGCCCUGACGGUGAACCCCAAGCUGAAGCUGAGCCCGCGCAACCAGGACGUGGUGUUGUUCGCCAUCACUAGGAUAGACCUGUCGCGCAACUCCUUGACCUGGGUGCCGCCCAUCAUAUUCCAGCUGCACAGCCUGAGGUACCUGAACUUGGCGCAGAACAAGAUAGAGAAGCUGCCGUCAGCCGCCGAGGUGACAACCGUGAAACCCGUCACCAGUAGGAACGUCCGGAACUUGAAGAGUGACGUGUGCCUCAGGUUCAGUUACUCUGCUCCAGUUCUGGAGGAACUCUACCUCCAGGACAACCGGCUGGAGGCGGUGCCGGAGGACGUGUUCCGGAUGCCGUCCCUGGUGACGCUGGACCUGUCCAACAACAAGCUGCAGGAGCUGCCCUACGUGAUGUGGCGCUCGCCCAAGAUGAAGGAGCUCAACGUGGCCUUCAACCUGCUGCGGGAGCUGCCCUCCAGCCCCCCCGAGCACGACGCGGCCGGCGCGGCGAGCGGCGAGGCAAGCGACUCCGUGGGCAGCGUCUCGGACGUCUCCGAGUCCGUGGAGGUCUCCAGCAGCGUGGACCUGUCGGAGGACGGGAACCUGUCGUCGGACGAGCACGCGACGGACACCAGGCUCCUGCAUCCGUCCUCGUUCGUGAAGUCCAAGUCCGUCAGGCCGAUGGACUUGCUCCACCACAACGUGUGGAGCCGCAACGUGGAGGUGACGGAGCAGAUCAUGCACAGCGAGGAGGGCAGUGACGCCAACUGCUCGCAGCUGUCCGCCCUCAACCUGGCCCACAACCAGUUCACGACGCUGCCCGCCGCGCUGCCGUGCCUGGCCGUCAGCCUCACGCGCCUCAACAUGAGCUACAACAGCCUGCGCACGAUGGGCCACAUCACGUCCUACCCCAGCUCCCUGAAGCAGCUGGACCUGUCCCACAACCAGGUGUGCCUGUGGCCCACGCUGCCCCUGGUGGAGGGGGGAGAUCUGGUGGAGCACUCGGUCACCAUGUGCUACUGCCCCGGGGACAGCCUGGCCGCCAAGAUGCCGGCCAAGAUGCCGCUGCACACCGGCCGGCGGUCGCUGCGCAGCGCCAUCCUGAACUGCGUGUGCACGCACCGGCGCCACCUGCGCCUGGACAACCUGCGCACGCUCGUCCUGGCCGACAACGACCUGCCCCGCGUGCUGCUGGCGCUGGACAGCGAGUGCGGGGCAGCCCCGUCCGACGAGGAGGAGUCCGACUGGGACGUGCUGGUGGGCUCCUCCGCGGCCCAGAGCAAGACGCGGCUCAUGUUCCCCAACCUCAGCAUGCUGGACAUCAGCAACAACGAGCUGAGGGAGAUCCCGCUCAACAUCCACGAGCUCAGCAACCUGUCCGUGCUCAACAUCAGCGGCAACCCAGAGAUCAGCGAGCUGCCCCCGCAGAUGGGGCUCCUGUCCCGCCUCUGGAACCUCAACACGCGCGGCUGCAGCCUGCAGGAGCCCUUGCGCUCCAUGAUCGACUCGAAGAAGUACAAGACCAUGGACGUGGUGGGCUACCUCAAGUCCGUGCUGGAGGACGCGCGGCCCUACGCGCGCAUCAAGCUCAUGAUCGUGGGCGUGCAGGGCAUCGGCAAGACCUCGCUGCUGGAGCAGCUGCGGCAGGAGGGGGCCGGCUCCUACAAGAAGAAGCCCGUCGAGCACUGGGCCAAGCGCAUGGGCAACAAGAACAUCAACGUGAAGACGUCCCGAGGUACCAACAUGUCAACGGUGGGCGUCGACAUCGGAGACUGGGUGUACGAGAAGAAAAUUCGCGGCCAGUCGUCAUUCGGCCCUGUUGUGUUCAGGACUUGGGACUUCGGAGGCCAGCGAGAGUACUACGCCACCCACCAGUACUUCCUGUCGAAGAGGAGCCUUUACCUCGUGGUGUGGAGGAUUCCCGACGGCCAGAAGGGCAUCAACGAGAUCCUGCAGUGGCUUGUGAACAUACAGGCGAGAGCGCCCAACUCUCCGGUGCUGAUAGUCGGCACGCACUACGACGUCAUGAGGGACUACAGGCCUGCCUCGCACUCUGAGGAUCUGCAGCAGCUGAUAAGAGACAGGUUCAUAAACGUGGUGGACGCGGAGAAGUGCGGACUGCCGCGAGUGCUGGACACCAUCGAAGUGAGCUGCAAGACUCGGCACAACAUCAAACUUCUCUGCAACCUCAUAUACGACACCGUGUUCAGCUUACGGCCGCCAGGCAGCAAGGAGCUGCUGCUGGAGCAGCGCGUGCCGGCCAGCUACCUGGUGCUGGAGGACGUGGUGACGCAGCUGGCCGCCGACCGCCGGCGCGCUGGCGUCGACCCGGUGCUCAGCGCCGAGCAGUACCGCUCCGUCGUGGCUGCCGAGAUGCAGUACCGCUUCGACCGCAGCUUCCGCGACGCCUCCGAGCUGCACCAGGCCACGCUCUUCCUGCACGAGAACGGGGUGUUGCUGCACUACGAUGAUGCCACGCUGAAGGACUUGUACUUCUUGGACCCACAGUGGCUCUGCGACAUGCUGGCUCAUGUGGUGACGAUACGCGAGAUCAACCCUUUUGCUCGCAGUGGCAUCAUGAAGCUGGACGACCUGAAGCACGUGUUCAAGUCCAGCAAGCUGGGGCAGGUGAACGCCCGCGGCUACGUGGUCAGCCUGCUGAACAAGUUCGAGGUGGCGCUGACCUGGGACAGCCGCACCAUGCUGAUCCCCUCGCUGCUGCCCACGGAGGAGACGGCCCGCUCCCCCCACGUCCAGUCCGUGCGGGUAAAGAUCCCGGUGCGGUCCCGCGGCUGGGCGGCCCGGACCAAGAAGGCCCAGAUGUCGACGGCCUUCACGCUGGUCGGCAAGUCCUCCUUCUACGCCCACAGCUCCCCGGACAAGUUCCACCUGCAGAGGCCCCAGCACUCGCCGAUGCCUCCUCGAAUAUCCAGUCCGAGCCAGCCCGAGGAAGACGCGGAGGCGACGAGCGGCCGGGAGGCCCCGUACGAGAUCUCCUCCCGGUCGGAUCCCGAGUGCUCCAUACGCCGGCUGCUCCUCAUGUCGUACUUCCCCAGCGGCUUCUGGUCCCGCCUCAUCACCCGCAUCCUCGCCGACGACACCAUCGUCGACAUUGUGCGCUCCUUCUUCAUCAUCCCCAAAGAGGUGAUCCAGGACGCGAGGCUGGCGCAGAUGCUGGACAUCCGCGCGGAGUGGGUGCUCUGGCAGACGGGCAUGGAGCUGCGUUACUCCGACAUCACGCUGUUCCGGCUGAAGGAGGUGCUUCCCGGCCUGCGCAACUGCCCCGUCGACUACCGCCAGCUCAGGUUCCGCCUGAAGCUGGAGGGCCUGUGGUCGGACGUGGACCUGCAGAGCUCGUCCAUCCUGGAGGUCUACUUCCCGGUGGACACGCUGGUCAUCAGGCGGCCAAUCGCGGACGAGCUGGGCGGCGCGGGGGAGCCGGCGGGGUACCAGGCGGUGGUGCUGGACCCCAGCCCCGAGCACACGGCCCGCCUGCUGGCGCUCGCCGUCGACCACAUCGACGUCCUGCUGGAGGACUGGUACCCCACGCUCGGCACGCGGUUCGUCCACACGUCGGAGGGCCGGUUCCUGGUGACCCGCCUGGUUCCGUGUCCCCGCUGCCUGGCCUCCACGCAGGCGGACUACGACCCGGGGGCUCCCCAGCGGGGCGACUUCUGGGGCGGCCAGCAGCCGGAGGCCGGCGCUCCGGGCCCGGGGCUCAGACCCCUGGCCGAGGCGUUCAACUGGGUGGACCAGGAUGGCCACUACGGCGGGCGGCACGGGCGAAAGUCCCAGGAAAGCUGCACUUCGGACGGCGACAGCGGCGUCGGCCCGGAUAGUGCCGGAUCCAGCCGCAUGCCGUCGGUGGAGGGCCACCCGGAGCACCAGGGCUCCGACGGCAGCUCGGCCACGGACGAGCCCGCGCGCCCCGCCGUGCUGUACAGCUGGAUGGUGGAGGAGUGCAUCCUGGCCGCCUACAACUGCAAGAGCAUCGGCUGCCCCUCGCACGGCGACGUGCCCCUGGCGCAGGUCGCCCCCGACACGAUCUUCAUGGACCUGGGGGAGAGGCACCUGAUCCGGCCGGAGAACAUCAAGAAGGCGCACCUGCUGGGCCGCGGGGCGUUCGGCUUCGUGUUCAAGGGCUCGUGCAAGCUGCGCGGCUCCAACACGUACGCGGACGUGGCGAUGAAGAUGCUUCAGCCGGUGCAGCCGGGGCCCAGCGCCCGCCAGUCCGCGGUCAUGGCCUUCAAGGCGGCGCAGGGCAAGUGGGACCGGGACCCGCUCCAGUACGCCUGCAAGGCCUACUGCACGGCGCGCCAGGAGCUGAACAUCCUGCUGAGCCUGCGCCACCCGCACAUCGUGCCGCUGGUGGGCGUGUGCGCGCGGCCGCUGGCGCUGGUGCUGGCCCUGGCGCCCCGGGGCGCGCUGGACGCCGCGCUGCGCCACUUCCGGCGCUCGGGCGCGCGGCUGGGCCGCUCCGCGCUGCGGGCCCUCAUCCUGCAGGCGGCCAGAGCCAUUGAGUACCUGCACCAGCAGCACAUCAUCUACCGCGACCUCAAGUCGGAGAACGUGCUGGUGUGGGAGCUGCCCCCGCCCUUCCAGGACGAGGCUGCCAACAACGUGCACAUCAAGCUGGCCGACUACGGAAUUAGUCGGUUAACUCUCCCAACGGGAACUAAAGGUUUCGGAGGCACAGAAGGCUUCAUGGCCCCUGAGAUAAUGAGGUACAACGGUGAAGAAGAAUACACCGAGAAGGUUGACUGUUUUUCAUUUGGGAUGUUCAUCUACGAGCUGCUGACCCUUCACCAGCCCUUCGAAGGGCACGAGAGCGUGAAGGAGUGUAUCCUGGAGGGCGGCAGGCCCCCGCUUACGUACAGAGAGACGCUGUACCCCACGUACAUGCUGGACCUGAUGGUGAUGUGCUGGGCCCAGUCGCCGCGGGACCGGCCCUCCGCCAGCCAGAUCGUGUCGGUGGCAACGGCCCCUGAGUUCACCCACCUGGGCGACGUGGUGUCGCUGUCGCACCUGGCGCCCGUCGUCGCCACCGCCGUCACCUUCCUGCCAGACUUCUCCGACGACGGCGCGCACAGCUCGGAGCUGUGGCUGGCGUGCAGCAACGCGCGCUGCGACAUGCUGCUGGCCUCGGACCGCGGCUGGCUGCAGUACAGCUCGCUGGCGCUGCCCGAGCGGCCCACCGUCGCCUGCAUCGUGGACGGCAACGUGUGGCUGGGCGACAACCUCGGCCAGAUCCACGCCUACCAGGCGAGCGACUGCCGGCCGCUGUUCUCGUACGCGCUGGAGCCGGACGCCCCCCACCCCUCGGCGGUGCGCAGCGUGCUGCCCCUGCCCGUGCUGCAGCGCGUGGCCGUGGGGCUGGCCAACGGCCGGCUGUUCCUGGUGCGCAGCGACCUGCUGCCCGUGUCGCCCACCGCCGGCGAGGGCAGCUUUGUCAUGACGGAGCUGGGCGGCGGCCCGGUGCUGCACGCCGUCACCGCCGUCUUCACCGACAACCACAGCGUGUGCGAGUUGUGGUGUGGGGAAUCGCACGGGAACAUUUCCAUCUACACGAUUCGAGACAGCGUGGUCACAUCGCACGACGUGGUCAACCACUACGAACCGGUCAUCGAGAACAUCGACGUUCUGAACUUGGUCUCGACGCAGAGCCCCAACUACUGCGACACGGACGAUAUCUGCGUGUGCUCGUACGUGUACCCAGGCUGCGUGGUGUACCAGUGGGACGUUGCAACCAGAACUAUCAUCAACAAGUUGGACUGCUCCAAGCUCAUCCCGUGCUCGGAGUCCCUCAAGUCCAUCAGCAUAGAGGAGCACUUGAGUCCUGGGAAGUGUCAGGUGAAGAGCUUGGCGAUGCUGGACAACGAGCUGUACGUGGGCACGACGUGGGGCUGCGUGGUGGUGGCCGAGCGCUCCUCGAUGCGCCCCAUCACGGUGUUCCGCCCCCACGAGGAGGAGGUGCAGGCCAUCGUGCCGCUGCCCGCCCUCUGCCAGGACGGCGGCCGGCUGCUGGCGACCGUGGGGCGCGGCUACCGCAGCCUCGUGGCGCGCUACACGGACACCGUGGCGCUGCCCUCGCCCCCCGCCGCCGGCCCCGAGCGCGACCGCUCGCGCGGCAUGUACGCGCUGCUGUGGCACACGGGCUCCUGGGCCGCUGCGUGAGCUGCCCUGACCACGCCCGCUAAACAUGUUAAAUGAUGCCUCGUUGUUUCAAGAAUCAUUACUGUUAGAAGAAAGCGGAUUUUUAUUAACGAUGUUAUUGGUAUUCACAGGGAUACAGCCUACGGUAUCUGAAACGUUUUACGAAAUACGUACGUCAGUAAAUAUGAGAACAAAAUGUGCAUAGAUGCAGACUAGCGAUAUAUCUGUUUGGAGUUGAUACUUUUACAUCUGCCCUGACCGCGACACCCUGAACAAACUUGGACCGGUUGCAAACACGGAGAAUCAGCGUGACGAAACAACAUGCAACCAGUCCAAAAGGGUGGAUACCUACGACCGUAGGCCAGCAUCCCGGUAAAUAAUAACUACGCUCAUCGCAUCUAGAGGACCGUAAAGCGUAGAAAAUAUAUUUAAAAAUAUAUAUUUAACGGGUGUAUGGAUGUCCAUCUAUCAUUGACCUUCCUGAUCGACGAACCUACGUUACCUGGAAGUUAAAACUGCUGGUCAAAGAGAUUUUAAAUUAUUCACAUUCCCUUGAAGAUCUGUUGAGCGAAUUCGCGAAAUGUUAAUGGAAAAAUGCAAUCUCUGCUUUCCACGGCAGUCAACUAGUGACUUUUAGGCGGGGCGCACACAGGAUCAGACGAGAUGUGACACAGCAUGGCACAACGCCACACGCUGCCUCGCGACAGCGUAAACACCGCAUUUUCUUUAUGUUAUUCCUUUCCCACAUUCUUAAAAUGAAAUUGUUGUUGUGACACUCCUUCAAAGCUGGAUUGUAAAAAAAAAAAAAAUAGUUUUUUCCCGUACUAAAAAAUACUAGUCUACAUGCAUCCAGCUCAGUAUUGAGAAAAAUUUAAUCAAAAUAAUUUACAAGUGAAUACGUAAUUGCUUAUUUUAAAUUAGUAAUGAAAAACAGUCUUAACUGAUCAGCCAUAAACACAGUUCAACAUGCCGUUGUUCACAUUUUUUUAUACUUGCAUAUGCGUAAAACACUGCAACCAUCGGACAGUCUGCUCGUGACGAAGUUGGAGCAGUCAUUCGAUGUCACCUCGUAUCUGAUCGCGACAGUUGCGUCGUGCCACGUCGGAUUGCUCGUUUGUAAAUGUACGGAAGUCAUUUCGGACAAAAAGUCGCACCGUGUCGUGCCGUGCCUCGUUCUGUGUGCGCCCGGACUAAUGGGGCGGAGCUAUCUUAAAACUCACAAGCGAGAUGUGUGUGAAAGUAGAAUCUUCAAUGAAACUUGGAGAACAGGUAGUGAGUAAGCAUCUGCAUCGAUGACCAUGUUACCACAUAAGGUAUGUGCCAGAAAACUGUAGGCACAAUGCCUUUCAUACAAUAACCAGAUUGUGUGAAACAAUUAUUAAUCAAAUGGAUCAAGGACUCCACGAUUUGACAUCAAAAGGGAACAAGGUAUCGCAAUAGUUUAUUUUUUCCUCAAGAAAGUUGAUCGAUACAUAGCCAGGUAACCUAUUUGAGAAAUUAAUUUAAAUGUUUUUUUUUUAUAUUUUAUUUAAAUGAUAUAAUAAAAUAUUGUUUAGAACUCACUGUAAACAAAACAGCAUCACAACAGUCCUGGAAAGGGUUUUAGACUUUUAGAGUAACUGCUUUACAUCAGCCCAGUCCGGGCCAAAAUCGAACAAAAGCUCUAUUCUGUUGGUCCUUACAGAAGUCAUGAAAACUAGACCUUCGUGGGUGGUGUGUGUGCACUGUUACAAAAUAGUUUAAAGUAGGUACAUACUAUAGAUUAUAUUUAUUUUUUAAGGUAUUUUGCACAUUGCAGUUUCUCGCACAUUGCUGCAUUGGUUGUUGGAAAGUAUUUUUUGUGAAAUGCUUCAGUUGUACCAAUUCAUUUACCGUUGUGUGUGCACAUUUUGCGCACGACGUUUUGUUGGUAGCAUGUACGAUGACGAAGGGACUGCAGCAAGGAAGGGGGAUGUUAUGAAGUAUUUUGUCUGGCUGUGAUAGGAGCAGGUUUUAUAAUAUGUAAUCCUGGUCCAUGACUCAUUUUGAUCUUCAUAAUUUUUAUUUUUUUUCAGUGCUAGAUAUUUUAAUUGUGAAUUAUUGUUAUUACUGUAUGAAAUUAAUGUUUGUUUGUUGUAUGACUGACAUUAAAAUUCCCUUUAAGAAAUUAGCUAUUCAGAAAUGUGCUUGGUAAAAAUAAAUUUAAAGCCAACUUAAGACUAAAAUUUGACAAGUCCUUCUAAGUCAUUAUCUCAUUGUGUUUGCUCGAGAUUUGUUCUGCAGUUUGAUACUACUAUAUACAAGUCUAGUCACAACCAAAUCAGUAUUAGAUGUUUUGGUUUAUUUUGUUUAAUUUUAGUGCAGCUAGAACUUAGGUACAUACCUGAAAUAUUCCAUAGCCUAACAGAAAGUGAAAGAUUCUAGCAACACCUUUUUACCAAGCUACUUGUAUGUACUAUGUAGCAUUUUCAAUAUUUUUAUAAUGUUUAUUGGAAUUUAUUAAUUUUUUUUUAAUUUUUAACCAAAUUGUACUAAACAUUGACAUUACAACUUUAUAUUUUAGUAGGAGCCAAAGACACUAGACAACUUUGUAAAUACUUAAUGUAUGUUUACAAAUAUAUAGGUUCUGUGAUUAGUUACAAAUGUGUUUUUUAUUAUUGUACCAUAUUUGUGCAACGUUGAUCCCUGGAACCUUAAUUCAUUGGUAAUAUAUAGGCUUGUGCGAAUAUUCAAAUUUCAAAAUGAAUAGUUUAUUAUUCAUAUUUGAUUCAAUUUCGAAUGCUAACUUCUAAAAAAACUAAUACGUAUUCAGGCAUUUACAAAUACGGCUGUGCAGGAACUCGAAAGUCUGGAGUAGUUUCUGGAUCAUAAAAUACUUUCUCGUCGGGCGAGAAAAAAUUUUUCAAGGGAUUUUCAUAAUGUUUUAGGGUUAUAGUUUAUUAGAAGUUUUUUUCUACAUCUGGCCACGUAAAAUUUUGAGAAGACUAGAUUUAACAGUGAUUCGGACCCAUUACUAACACCCUUGUUUUCAGCUAAAGUAUUUUACUGAGAAUACAGUCCAGUAGGUCGUUAAAAAUAGAUUAGAAACUGACAGUAUACUGAUAAGGAUAAAUAUGUGUCCAUAAAAAUCAAAACACUGCGCAGGUGUUAAAGUUGACAGUUCUCGGAUCAGAGAGUAGAAACACGGCAUGCCAGCUCUGUGAUUAGUUUAGUUCAGACAGAGAUAAAACUUGUAUAGAUCUUGUGGAAAACAUGUGGUCGCAUACUCACAGCAAUGACUCCUAAAGCCUAACAACCUACGGCAACACAUUUUUCUGGCGGAUAAUACGCAUUGAACGACCGAGUGGAUACAGUCGCAUACUCGCACUCCUAGCAUAGUGACAGUUCAGGCAAUUAUCUUGUCCCAAGCGGCACAAAAUAUGUCACACUAAGAGGGGGAAAACAACUUCGCUGUUUUACCUAAGCAUACAUAAUACAUACACUGAGCAGAAAAUGGAAAGGAACAUUCUAAGCAGCUACUGUGUUCCUACACUUUAGUUAAAACAAGCCACAAAAUAUAAUCCAUAAAUGUUAAUUCAUGUUAAUGUAAAUAAUGAUUUAUUUUCACAUAGUGAAAAAUCCAAACAAACAAGUUCAAAACAUCAUAUUUAACUACAAAUUAAAACUGCUCAGUGUACCUUUCUUUUUAAACCCACCCUCUUGAAGUUUCUCACACAUACUGCAAUUGCCUUAGAUAUUUGCUUUGCACUGUUUAUUAAAUUUUUUUUUUUUUUUUUUUUGGCACAUCCUAUUAUGAUUACCAUGAAAAAUGAUUAUUUAUAUUUUCCUUUCAAAAUUUGAAUAUUUCAAACAAAAUUUUACAUAUAGGGUAGUAAUUGUAGCUGACUUAACCUAACCAACCUUUCACUUAAGCGUUAUUUAUCCCAUUUACCAAAAGAAUGUACACUACACAUUUACUUUUUCUUUCAAUAAUAUGUAUUUGUUAAUUUGUUAUAUGUGAAAAAAAAAUUUUUGUGUGAUUUUAAUUCUUAAUAUUUUAAUUUGAUAUUCCUAUUUGAGAAUAAUUUUAUAUUCGAAUUUGAUUCAAAGUUUAAAAAAAAACUGAUUUUCGCACAGGCCUAGUUAUUUAUUUUAGUUUUUAGUAAUAUUUAAUAUUUUUAUAGUUUUUCUCACCUAUGGUACAUCAAAUGCAUAAUUCGUUUUAAGUACAGUCAAUUGUUAAUUCACAAUUCCUGGACUAAAUAUUUCCAUUUCAUGAGUUCAUUUUUAAGGAGCUUUAAAGUUGAAUUAAAAGUUUAAGAAUCUUAAAUAUUUUUGCAAAAAAAAAAUGGAAGAAAUCUAAAUGCAUGAUUGCAGCUCAAAGCGAUGAAAUAGAGGCAUUGCUCCUGUUUAUUGGCACAUCAGAACACAAAAAUAAACAGGUGAUAGAACUGUCAGAACUGCAUCCAACGUGGGUUGGAACCACCUUGUGACAUACUCUUGCUAACACCUGAGGGAAUAUGGCAUAUGCUGAAUUUCAUCAAUGCAAAAGCACACAUUAAAAAUUAAAAAUAAAAUUAGCCUCUGAUUUUUUAAUGAUUGUACUAUUAUUAGUGUUUUUAAGUUUAUGUGAUUACCAACUUUGAAUUGAUAUUCGAAUAGACAAGUAUUGAAUAUUGAUGCAUAUUGUUAGUGUGUUAGUAAAGUUUUUGCAUAAAAAAAAUUCAAAACUAAAAUAUCUGUGAUUAUUUAAACGAAAUUGGUCAAAAAAUAAAAAUAACUUUAAAAAAUAA